AAGUGGGCGUUCCGGAGCUUGGGCACGUCUCUCUCUCUCUCUCUCUUGCUCUGUCUCUCGUGGCGGUGGCGAUGCCAGGUGUGCUGUGUUCAAACCUGUGGCAGACAAACACUCGCACAUGUCUCCCAGCACAGUCAUCGUGGGCUGGAUCUUCUCAACUGCAUUAACCGCCUACUGCUGAACGCUGCCGCCCUGCUAUUUUCAGCCUGACACACACACACACACACGCACACGCACGCACGCAGGUACGAGGGAUUUCUCGUUGACGCCCCACAUUUCAGCGACUGACAGUUCACAGUCAACCGCCGAUUGAGAGAAAUACUCUGUGUUUACAUCCAGUUUUGACCAAGCUACGGAGUUGCAUUAAAAAAAAAAUGUGAUUGUCGCCUUUCUUCAUCCACGUCGCCGCCAUCAACUUGUGUUUUACGCACAAGGAGCGCUUGGAUUUACUGCAGCCUAGACAACCGCGCGCACAGCGGAGCGCAAACCCGUGGGAUGACGGAGCCUCAGUGGGUUAUUCGCGCGUGAAAAUCCGCCUCGUUAACGCCAGGAAGAUGAAAUCCCCAGCUGGUCGGGAGAAAAGCUCUGGAGGAUUUAUCAGGUCGCGUCAUUUCGAACUCAUUUAGCCUGAGAAAAAAUCGACUGUAACCGGUGAAAUCGUUCGUUGUGUGAAAGAAAGCAAAAAAAAAAAAAAAAAGGAGUAACCAUGUCCAGAACGCUGAAGAAGAAGAAACACUGGUCCGGUAAAGUGGUGGAGUGCGCGGUGUCAUGGGGAAACCUGGGGGACUUCGGCUCCGUGGUGGAGGUUCUGGGGGGAGCAGAGCUGGGACAGUUCCCCCACCUGGGCCAGAUGAAGCUGGACGUGCUGGUGUGUCACGUCGGAAAGCUGCCCUACUACGGGGACGUGCUGUUGGAGGUGAACGGGACGCCCGUCAGUGGACUUACAAACCGAGACACCCUGGCUGUCAUUCGCCACUUUCGGGAGCCGAUUCGCUUGAAGACGGUGAAACCAGGUAAAGUGUUGAACACGGACCUGCGCCACUACCUCAGUCUGCAGUUCCAGAAGGGCUCGCUGGACCACAAGCUCCAACAGGUCAUACGGGACAAUCUCUACCUACGCACCAUCCCCUGCACCACACGACUUCCUCGAGACGGCGAGGUACCAGGUGUGGACUACAACUUCAUUAGUGUUGGAGACUUCAGGAUCCUGGAGGAGAGUGGACUUCUACUGGAGAGCGGCACCUAUGACGGAAACUACUAUGGGACCCCGAAGCCUCCAGCGGAGCCCAACCUGGUGCAGCCUGACCUAGUGGAUCAGGUGUUGUUCGAUGAAGACUAUGGUGGCGAGAUUACCAGGAAGCGCACCACCUCAGUGAGUAAGAUGGACAGGAAGGACAGUGUGGUCCCUGAGGAAGAAGACGAUGAUGACAGGCCACCGCUAGUCAAUGGAUUGCCUGAGCACAAAGAGAGGGCAGACUGGAGGAAAGCAGUGCCCAGCUACACUCAGUCCAGUAGCUCCAUGGACUUCCGCACAUGGAGCUCCCUUCCUCGUGAUGACAGCCUGGAGCCGCUGCCCCUCAACUGGGAAAUGGCUUACACUGAGACUGGCAUGGUCUACUUCAUAGAUCACAACACCAAGACGACCACGUGGUUGGAUCCUCGCUUGGCAAAGAAGGCGAAGCCCCCUGAGAAGUGUGAGGAUGGAGAGUUGCCUUACGGCUGGGAGGAAAUUGACGACCCGCAGUACGGCACAUACUAUGUGGACCACAUCAACCAGAAAACCCAGUUUGAGAACCCCGUUCUGGAGGCAAAGAAGAAGCUGAGCCAGGAAACCGCCGCGAUCCAACAAGCCACUGCAGCUCCUUCCCAAGGUAAGGGGGGAGCUUUUGGUUUCACCGCUGACCCCAACCAGCUGAAGGGAGAGCUGUACCACACAGCGCUGAAGAAGAGCUCCCAGGGAUUUGGCUUCACCAUCAUUGGAGGUGACCGCACAGAUGAGUUUCUGCAGGUGAAAAAUGUGCUCAGCGAUGGCCCGGCUGCCCUCGACAACAAGAUGGCAUCUGGUGAUGUGAUUGUCGAGAUUAACGGCAUGUGUGUUCUGGGGAAGACUCAUCCAGAGGUGGUGCAGAUGUUCCAGUCCAUUCCAGUCAACCAGUAUGUGGACAUGGUUCUUUGCCGCGGCUACCCGCUUCCCCCCGAUGUGGAUCUGGACAGCGACGACCCUCUCCCUCCUCCUCCUCUUCCAUCGACUGUCCAGCCCCAGCAGGCCCUGCAUGGUGGAGAGGUGGUGACAGCUGUGCCCCUCAUCAAUGGACAGCCACUGCUGGUUAAAGGUGAUGUCCUCCAUGGCUCCUCUCAGGAGCUCCACUAUGUCACUACAGAUGCCAGUGGCCGGCCUGUCGUGGCGGCUUUGCCCAAUGGGAGGCAGGGGGAGCGAGGAGAAGGGAUGUUACAACCUGAGCUGGUGAGUGUGCCGCUGGUGAAGGGGCCAGGAGGAUUUGGGUUUGCCAUUGCUGACUGCCCGUUGGGCCAGAAGGUGAAGAUGAUACUUGAUGCCCAAUGGUGCCGUGGCCUGCAGAAAGGAGACAUUAUCAAGGAGAUCAACAGGCAAAAUGUGCAAACACUGAGCCACGCACAGGUGGUGGACAUCCUGAAAGACUUACCAGUGGGCAGCGAGGUCAAUGUGCUCGUGCUGCGUGGAGGUCAAACAUCCCCUGUGAAGAGUCUAAAGCCUCGGCUGGAAAAGACGGCCAGUACUGAAACUUUGGAUGGCAUCGCUGACUCAGUCCCCCAGGCUUUGCCUUACCACUCCAACACAAGCACCCUGCGCUUGAUCGACUCCCCGAAACGAGACGCCACAGAGAUGUACUUGAAGUCCAAAGCCCUGCUGGAGAGCAGACAGCCUCACACCAAAGACAUUGACAUUUUUCUAAAGAGAGACAUUGAAACCGGUUUUGGCUUCCGUGUGCUCGGAGGAGAAGGUCCACAGCAACCAAAUGUCUUUCCCCAGGUUUAUAUCGGGGCCAUUGUGCCCAACGGUGCAGCAGAAAAAGAUGGCCGCCUCAGAGCGGGAGACGAGCUCAUUGGUAUCGACGGUGUGAUGGUGAAAGGUCGUUCUCAUAAGCAGGUGUUGGAUCUAAUGACCAAUGCUGCCCGCAACGGUCAAGUGAUGUUGACUGUACGGAGAAAGGUCAUCUACAGAGAUGCCACAGAUGAAGACGUGCUGGAAAUGGCUCCAGUUCUGGUGAACGGUUCACCAAAGCUACCUCACCUACCGAUGCCCAGCGCUCUUGACCACGAGUCUUUUGACAUCACGCUUCACCGCAAGGAGACUGAGGGCUUUGGCUUUGUGAUCCUCACAUCCAAGAGCAAACCCCCGCUUGGAGUUAUUCCACACAAAAUUGGCCGGAUCAUUGAAGGCAGUCCCACUGACCGCUGUGGCCUGCUGCACGUUGGAGAUCGUAUCUCAGCAGUCAAUGGGCGCUCCAUCAUCGAGCUCUCUCACAGUGAUAUUGUUCAGCUUAUCAAGGAAGCUGGGAAUAUUGUCACUCUCACUGUGGUGCCUGAGGACGAAUACAAGGGCCCUCCAUCUGGAGCAAGUUCAGCGAAACAGAGUCCAGCUCUUCAGCACAGAGCCAUAGGUCAAAGAUCAGCACUUGCGGAUGAAAGUUAUAGCCUCGACCUGGAGGAUAAAAGGGAUGGAGUCAGCCUGUCUGAGCUGGGAACACUGUGUGUGACAGGACCCAACCAGGGUUGUCUGACAGUGGAGUUGGAGAGAAGUCCCCGGGGCUUUGGCUUCAGUCUGCGAGGAGGAACCGAGUACAACAUGGGCCUGUACAUCCUGAGACUUGCAGAGGAUGGACCUGCUCAACUGGAUGGAAGAAUCCAUGUCGGAGAUGAGAUAGUGGAGAUAAAUGGCGAGCCGGCACGCGGCAUUUCACAUACACGUGCUAUUGAAUUGAUCCAGGCCGGAGGAAAUAAAGUGGCUCUGCUGCUGCGACCUGGGGCAGGCCUGGCUCAAGACAGCAGUCAACGUGAUCAAAAAGUCAUUUCAACUCCAAAUUACUCCAGAGAGGUGUUUCUCUUUGACGCCUCCCCCCUGUCCUCUCCAUAUUCCUCCGCUUCCAUCUUGUCCCCUCCCUUCACUGGCAAACUGAAACAUUCCCACAGCUGGAGCUCCAUAUCCCCGCAAGGCCACAAGCCCCGCAGCAGCAGCAGUGGUCUAAGCUCUGUGGAUGAGAGUGUUGAGUGGGCCGACACGGAGGUUCAAAGGCCCUCUCCCGCCUCAUCUGACCAUAUGGACUUUUACAAGAGGACCAGGCCCACAAAAGACACCAGAGAGCUAAGCAGCCCAAAGAAAAUGGGGGAGACCUUUCCUAAAGCCAAAGAGCAACAUCACAAUCCCACAAAAACGGAUAGUCAGGCACGGGAAGAAACACUGAGCAGGAACAGGACGUCUCUCACACACACUAAAACGGACACCGCACAUUUAAGAAGGCCUCCUCAAUCGGGACAAGUGGCGACAGCGCUGCAGCGUGUAGAGCACCAGAGGAGAUUAAAGGAGUCUCCCAGCAAAGAGAGCUUACAUCAUGAAAAGAAAAACGGGAAAGGAGGGACUCUCGAGAUUAGAAGAUACACACAAGACAGAGAGAUGGAAGGGAGAGGAGAGAGGACCAGGCACGGCCAUGAUCAUGAAACUUUUGAAAGGAGAGCGGUGGGAAGAUCACGCCAUCAUGGAACAUCCUCUGUUAAGGUCAGAGAGAGUGACAGUGGUUCAGGUAAAGACUCUGGCCAGAGAGACGCCAACUGCAAGAACAAAUCUACCGAAGACAGGAAUAGAAGUGCAGAGGUGGUCAACAGAAGACACGCGUCAGAUGCACAGAGUAGUAAAGUUUCUGUAGUUUUACCACGGGAGGCUAAAGAAAAACAAGAUGGGGGUUUUCAAUGCAAAGACAACAGUAGUAAGAAAUACUUUAUAGCCUCUAUGAACAGUAUUCCAGUGAGUCCACAGGGACCUAUUAGCCCUGGACCUUGGAAAGUGCCCAGCUCAGCACGAAUCCUCUCCCACGAAGAGAUUCUCCGUGAACCUUUGUGAUAGAACAUUGACUCAGACUUGAGCUGUGCCCUUGUAUUUUUAACAGUACCUUCACUGGAUUGUCUUCCUCAGUUCUUCCAUGAAACAGAAAAGUGCAACUUUGUGCCAUUUUGUUACCUUUGGGCCAUGUGCAGGUCUCUUUUGAAAAGGUCUGUUUUUCCUGGAGUCCUGGGACGUGGCGAGUGGCAUGUAGCAGCUCUCCCUGCCUUGUCCACUGCUUCAGCGUCUUUGUUGCGGGACUUACGCAUGUGCAGCAUGCUCGGGGCUUUGUCAGACAAGACACUCUCAAAUGUGAAUACAGUACGUGCCAAUCCUUCUGAGUCUUCUGUGCAACGACGACGACGACCAACAGCACUUCACCCACUACAACACAAUGACCCAUAUGCAAAGAAAGGGGGACAGGUCGUCACUUCCCGUCCGAAGUGUAUGCCGAGUGUGACCGUCAUCCGGGAUUUAGUUUCCGCUCUUACUUGACAAUUGUGUCCUUUAAAGGUUUUCUCAAGCGCAUGCACUCGGACCUUCUGUUUGUUUUUCUGCACAUGUUCUGCACAUCACCGAGGAUGAGCCUUUUGCUUGUUUAUAAUUCUCAUUCCGAUGAAAUCCAACACAACCCAGCAAGUGUUUCACUUUACCGGGGGUCCCGAGACUGUUCUGUGGUUAUGGACUGAACUCUCCCGUGUAAAAACGACAGCAUCACUAAAAAGACCAGAAACUUGUGGUUUACCAUGCUUAUGAUAACAACCAGAGUGUAAUUUAUUAAGGUAAUAGAUGAAUAUAUAUAUAUCUAUAUAUAUAUCUAUAUGUAGCCAUACCAAGCCAUUCCACAUUUUUGAUAUAGACUUCAAAGAUUCGUCCCAUGUUAUUUGAGCUCUCACCUUAUUUCCAAUGUACUUUGGUGGUAGGAAUUACCAUGGAUCUUUGUAGUUAAUGUACAAACCACUGUACCAAAUGUUUGCAGUCGCUCAGAAAGUGUCUCAUUGUGAUAUAUUAUAUACAUAUAUAUAUUUGAAUGUGUCAUAUUUGCAGAUUCUGACUUUGAAAAUAUCUAUUGAAUUUGAUUGCACUGCAUCUGCCCUUGUAGCAUUACUGUAACAGAAUGACCAUGAGUUGUAUUUAAUUUGUGAUGUUGAAUUGUGACCAAUGCAUUGCCUUUAUUAUUAUUAUUAUUAUUAGUGUUUUUUACUUUAUAAAGUUGUUUCUUUUCUCCUAAAGGGUUCACUGUUUAAGGCCAAAUUUGCGUUGUACUUAUUUGCGUCAUGCCCUCGUUGUUUUACUUCAUCCUAUAAAGAAAAGGAUUGUUAGGAUUAGAAUUCUCCAUGUAUGCAUUUGUCGCUCUUGCUGAGUAACCGUGUGAUAGGGUAGCUUGAAGGAUGAUGGAGUCAUGUGAUGGUUUGCUGAGAUACUGCUGAUGUAAUGUCCUACCAUGUUUGUAUAUUUAAAGGGCCAGUGUGUAGAAUUUAGGGUGUCGAUCAACUGAAAUUGAAAACAAUAUUUAAAAUGAUCACCUGAAAAUGAAGAGCUGCUUUGUUUUUAUUACCUUUUAAUGACCCCCUCAUAUUAUGCCAAAGAUGGCGCUGUUCGGUGGAGUCUGCCUUGUUGUGCUGCCGUGUUUGUCUGCAAACAGAUAUUCAUUUGGAUGCAAUACGCGACUUCAGCUCUAGAUGCCGCUAAGUCCUACACGCUGACCCUUUGAAGUGUGAUCUGUUCUAAACGUGCAAUCUCUGAGAAAAGUAGUUGAAUUCCACUGUCUUACUGAAAAGGUUCGAUCUCGUGGAGUACAUUCGCACAUGCUUAUACAAUUUAGGAGAAUAAGAAAUAUAUCAGAUAAGCUCAGGGAACAUACAGUGCUGUGCAAAAGACUUAGGGCAUCACCAGCUUGGUUGUUUUUGUUGUUGUUUGUCAAAUGUCGUGAUCAUUGGCCUUUGGAUUGGAGUCAUGUGACUGAAACUUGGUCUCAUAUAUUAGCGAACUCAUACACCAUGUGCAUGUAAUGCUCAAGCGCGUCAGGACAAACACAAUAACAUUCAUUCGGGUUCCACUUCAGUUUUACGAGAGCCUGGCUGUAAGAACAGGUCACAUUAAAUACUCGACUCUUUAAAACCUGCAUUCAUCAAUUUUCCGGAUGUGUCGAGGGAGAAAUAAUUCUACCGUAUACUGUCAUUACGUUGAGCCUAAGAUUUUGCACAGCACUGUAGUGUCGAUAUCUGUAAAGUCAAUAUCAGUGAAAGUCGCAGGGACUGUGAUAAGAGUGUGAUUGUAAAAUGGGGAUAUCAGGUUAGGAUGCGCCGUGAGCUGAGCAGUGGUAGGUUUUUGUGCAAUAGGUUGGUUGGUUGAUGGAGUAAAUCCAACCCUUCGUUUUCAGGUUGAGGCAAUUCUCUCUGGUCAAGACUCAGUUAAUGUCCUUUUCCUUCACAGUCGUUCUCCUUAACCACGUUGACUUUGUGUUCCUUCUCCGUAUCAUACUGUGGCCUUGCAUCGCUUCAUUAGAAAGAAAACAAAAAAAAGAAAAUCCUUGUGGUAUCUUCUACAUUCUGUACGUAGACAGUAGAUGUAAAUGUUUGUACAUUGUACAGCACCUUUAUAAAUACUUGCCGAGUGCUCUUCCAGAGAGAGAGAGAAAAACAGAGGUAUAUUAUAUCGCUCCAUUAUUUUUUUAAUGUAAAAAAAAAAAAGAGAGAAAAAUAUUUAAAAUUGAUAUAAUAGGACAGGCUGUGAGCUUGACAUGGUGUUCCGUUCAUGCACUGAAAAAUAAAGUUUUGCUGAAAACACA